AUGACGACCGACUACAGCAAGCUGAAGGUCACCGAGCUCAAAGACCUCAUCAAAGACCGCGGCAUUGCCCAGACCGGACUGAAGGUCAAGCAGCAGUUCAUCGAAGCACUCGAGGCGCAAGAUGCGGAGAAUGGCGAUGGCAGUGGCGGUGACGCGGCCGGCGAGGCGGACAAGAUUGAUGAGGCAGCGGAUACCGGCGCAACAGAGUCUGCAACAGCAGAGGAUGUAGAGGGGAAGGACGCUCCGCCGGAUGGCGAGGCCAAUGGCGGCGACGACUCGCUUAAUGACGACUCGGAAACCACAAACAAGCGCAAGCGCAGCGCCACAUCAGAGAUACAGGAGGAGAGCGCGAGCAAAAAGCUGAAGGCUGCUGAAGAAGACUCGGUCGAGGUAAAGGGCGUGGAGGAUGUCGUCGCUGAGGCACCUGCGCCCGUCGAUACCGAAAUUUCUGCGGCAGAUAAAGUCUUGCCACACGGCAGCAGCGAUGAUGUCCAAAGGGACGCGAGCAUGGACGACUCGGAGCAAACAUCAAAUGCCGCUCCGACUGAACCUAGAAAAGACUCCGACCAAGGCGCGGCCGCGGAUGCCACUUUAUCUGGACAACACGCCUCUGUAUCACAUGACGAUUAUGCUGCAGGGCCUCCUUCACGGCAUCCGCGGUCGCGAGCCUUGUACAUUCGCGAGCUACUGCGGCCUCUGCAACCCAAUGCGCUCCGGGAGCAUCUCGAAACCAUCGCCCAGUCAGCUGACUCUACAUCGGGCUCCAUCGAUGACUUUCACCUCGACAAGAUGAGGACUCACGCUUUCGUACUCUUUGAUUCCGCUGGCGCCGCUUCAAGAGUUCGAGCAGCGCUUCACAACAAGAAAUGGCCAGAUGAGGCCAUGCGCAAACCCCUAUGGGUCGACUACAUACCCGAUGACAAAGUCCGCGAAUGGAUUGACAUUGAAGUCACUAGAGGCGACAAUACUCGUUGGGAAGUGGCUUACGAAAGUACGGGAAUGGAUACAGAUACUGGAGUUAUUGCAACACUGCAGGAGGUGGAUGCUCGACCCAGCGCCGGCAGGCAGCCAAGCAUCAACAGUGCAGCCCCGCGUGGUCCUUCUGGUGCAGGUGAAGGUAUGCCUAAUGCGCCCUCCGGACCUCGUCAGCGAUCUGGGCAAACACAAGCACAAGCGCCACCACAUUCAGCACCUCCACCAACACAGAGAGCGCCUGAAAACAGAACGUUUGACUCGCUCGAUCAGCGGUACUCCUUCACCGAGAUGAAGCCCAAGUUAUACUAUCAGCCAGUACCUGGAGACCUUGCGCAACGUCGUCUAGAUGACCUUGCCGCCUCAACAAGCCGAGACUGGAAUGACCGUGACGCAGACCCAUCAGCGUACGCAGAAGGAGAAUUGUUUCGCUAUACCUUCGAAGAUGGAGAUCGACUAGUGGACGGCGGAGCAGAUUUUGGACUCUUUGGACGGCGCGGAAGAGGCGGCGGCUUCGGACCUCGAGGUGAUCGUGGUGGACGCGGACGUGGCCGGGGUGGAGGAGAUAGCUAUCGUGGUGGUGGCCGACGUCCUUACGCAUAG